CACACGCGAAAAAUAGUGUUAGCUUGCUAAAAUGUCGAUCGGAAAGAUUGCGGAAUUCAAAGUGCAUAAUGACGAUUGGAGAUUAUACGUGGAACGCUUAGAACAAUAUUUCUUAGUGAACAAAAUACCGGAUAACUUACAAGUACCGACAUUGAUAACGGUGAUGGGAGCUGAAUCCUACGAACUUUUAGUUAAUUUGUGUACGCCGGAGAAGCCUAAAAGCAAAACAUUCACGCAGAUCACGGAAAUUAUGGAAAAACACCUACAACCCAAACCUAGUGAAUUGGCCGAACGUUAUAAAUUUCGACACAGAAAACAAAAAGAGGGUGAAUCUAUAUCGGAAUACACCGCGGUUUUGAAAAAAAUGUCUAAGACCUGCGAAUUCGGUUCCUCACUCGAAGAAAGUUUAAGAGAUCAGUUAGUUUGUGGCAUAACUAAUGAAAAUAUACGACAGCGGUUAUUUGCCGAAAGUAAGCUGGACUUCGGCAAGGCGUAUAAGUUAGCAGUUAGUAUGGAGGCGGCAGAGAAAGACGCGGCAGAGGUGGUUGGACAUGGAGGGUCGGCCAGCGAGACGGCGGCGGCAGCAUCAGUGACGUGUCAAGCGAUGUUGACAACGGGGGCAUCACGGCGGAGUGGCGCAGCGCCGGCUACACGCGGUGCGCGUGACGUCAGCGGAGUGGCGCGGGAGGCCGCUGCGCAGACUGCGAGGCGGCGAGCGCCGCGCGCAUCGGCAGCGCCCGCGCCCGCUCGGCUGGGUGAGCGUGCGCAGCAGCAGUGUCACGUGUGCGGUGCGAGUCACGACGCAGCCACGUGCAAGUUUGUGCGUUACGUGUGUAGGGUGUGUAAUCGACCAGGACAUCUGCGACGCGUGUGCCCGAAUUUAACAGGACACUUCAACCCCGGAGUUUCGCCCUCGUGCUUUGGAAAGGACGUAAAGCCGUUGGUAGUGCGCCUGACCUCUCUCGAUCGUGUCGGUCUGCCGUCCCGUCGGGUACAGAAAGUGGGAGAACAGAGUGCACCUGUUUGCGCACACCCUUGUGCACUAUAA